UUUUGUAAAUUAUUUUUCUUUUUUGUUCGUUCGUUCGUUCAAAUUAAUUAUCGGAAUAAUUUCAAUUAAUAUCAUUGUAAUAAUUUCAAUUGACGAAAGAAAUUAAUAGAUCUCAAUUGUAGACGAGAACGAUGAUUGGAAAUUACAUGUUGGAUAAAUUAAAUAGCAAUAUAAUAAAAAUGAAUGAAAUCAAUUUGAAUAUCAUUUGAAAUUAUUAAAAAACUAUAAGAGAUCUUUCGAUUAGAAAGGAUUAUUGAUAAGGAUUAAGGGAUGGACGGUGAUUAUGACAAAGAGAUUGGACAGUGAGGAUAUUAAAGGAGAAGGGAUGAAAUCGAUCUAAAAUAUUUUCGAAGGGAAAUAAAAUGUACAUAUCUUUUAGAUCAUUAAUAUGAUAAUAAUACGUUUUAAUUUCAAUUUAUUUAUUUAUUUUUUUUGUUUUUAUUUAAUUGUUAUUUAAGUAAGAAGAAAAUCGUAUAGAGUCGUAAUUACAGGGAAGAUUAUUAAUAAGAUUUAAGGAUGAUAGGACGAUAGAUAUUGGAAAGUAAAAUGGAGAUAAAAAAAAUAGGGGAUGAAAUCGAUGUAUAACAAUUUUUAAAAAUUCGUAAGAAAUCUUUUUCUCUUUCCUCUUUUUUUCUUUUCACUCCCUUUAAGGAAAAUUAUUCCAAUUCUGUCUAAGGAUAAACGAGAAGGGGGUUAAUGAUAAAAGAAUUGAAAAAGGGAGAAGAUCAAAAUACAUUCUGAAUAUAUAUUUGCAAUAAUAAAAAGUCAUGAGUAAAAUGAUAAAAGAUUUCUAUCGAUGAUUAUAAAAGAUCAUCGAUAGAAGUGAUAGGACAAAAAAAAAAUACACAAAUAAUAUACAGCCGGCAAGGAUAAGGAACGUAUACGGAUUGAAAUAUUUUUUGAAAACAUACAACGAAUUUAUCCUAAUUAAAUACUAUUUAUUGAUAGAGAUAUUGAAUGGAAAGAUAGUAAAGAAAAAAAAAAGAAAAAUCAAAAGAACAAAAAUGAAGAGAAAAAAAGAAAAAAUCCCUCAAGAAAGAGGGAUGAAAUCAUUCGGAACAUUGCUGAUCGACUCAUAUCAAUUAUCAUAUACAAAUCGGACCAAGAGAUAAUGAAACAAAAAAAGAGAGAACAAAAAAAAAAAAGAAAGAUAAUCAUGAACAUGCACCUUGUUUGUAAAAAAAAAAAAAAAAGAAAAAAAAAAGAAGAAGUAAAAACAAAACAAAACAAAAUUUCCAAAAAUUCAAAAUGAACGAAAUUCAUAUAUCUAUGUAUAAUACAAUGAUCUAACAAAAAUCUUGAACGAUGGAACAAAGAUUAAAAUCAUUCGAUUAGAAAAUAAUAAUAAUAAUAAUAAUAAUAAUAAUAAUAAUAAUAAUAAUAAUAAUAAUAAAUUCCUAAGGAUGAUAGUACUACGUACUAGACACACACACACAAACACAGAGAGAGAGAGAGAGAGAGAGAGAGAGAGAAGGAAAGGAAGAAAAAAAGAGAUUAAAAAAAGUAAAAAGAAAAAAAAAUACACACACACACACACACACACAUACGCAGAAAAAAAAAGUAAGAGUACGAUGGAGGGGGAAGGCGGGAAGGAAGAGCUGCGUUAGUUGUUAAGGGAGUGACAGAGAGAAUGAGAGAGACAAAGAGGGAGAGAAAGAGAGAGAGAGAGAGAGAGAGAGCGAGAGAAAGAGAGGGAGAGAGGGAGACGAGCAGAUCAGGGUUCGUUGUGGAGUGGGGUCAGAUGGUACGUAGUACGUAGUCAGUGAGUAGGUAAGGGGUGAGAGUGGGUGGUUGGUGGAUCCCUAGUUAGCCAAGACACAUUGGCAAGCGAUCGUGCCAGCAUGGCAGUAGCCGACGUUAGUAUUCCCAAGGACUUUGAGCCGCAGUCGUCUUUCGUUUAUUAUCCGCGAUCGGUGUUAAAUUAGUGAACUAUAUAAUAUAUAUAUAUAUAUAUACAUAUAUAUGUAUAUAUAAGAUCGGUGUAAUUGGUUAAUAAUGGAAAAAAAAAACCAAACUAAUGUGUUUUCGAUUAUGUAAACAAAUAGAAAAUAAUAUUUUUCAUUUCAUGUGAUAUACAACGAACGGGGAAGGAUUUUGUGUAUCUUCGAAUAUACCCUAACACCCUUCAUAAUCGAUUAAUAUAUAUACAUAUAUAUAUAUAUAUAUAUAUAUAUAUAUAUAUAAAUAUAUAUAUAUGUAUAUAUAUAUAUAUACGUAUAUGUAAUAUGGCGUUGAGGGAUUAGAGUGCUAAAGAAUUUUUGUUGAGGAAAUCAAUGUUGUUGUGAUAAUAUUCCUGACAAUAGGACGAUAAAAAAGAUGUUGCAAUUAUUGUACGGACUGUUAUGGUGAUAUAUUUUUUUUUCUUUUUCUCGUUCCUUUUUUUCUUCCUUUUCUCUUUUUUUUUUUUUUUUUUUUAAUCUACAAAUCGUUUAAAUUCAUCCCUGAAACGUAUAUAUAUAUAUAUAUAUAUAUAUAUAUCUCCGUUCUAUCAGAUUUUCUUAGAGUCUAGUGAAUCAACCAAUGCAAAGGGAUUGGAUUUCAAAUUAAAAUUAUUAGUGUAUUGUUUUAUAAAGAUACGUUGAACAAUAAGUGCCGACGAAGUUUUAUCAUCGAUCGUGUAUCACUACUGUACCCCCUUUUUUUCUUUUUUUUUUUUUUUUUUCUUUUUUUACCAUGAAGAUUAACAAUCGUACAUACAACGGGAAAUAUUGGAAGACAGUGACGAUCGUACGACCCUAUAGACGAAAGGGAAUGACGAUUGACCUUACGUCGUUGAAGUUUUCGUCAUAAACAAAUAAUACAAUCGUAGUAUAAAAUCACGUACGACGUUCGCGAUAUAUCGUCCUUUAUGAGAGUGAAGAGAAAGAAAAAGAAAAAGAAAAAGGCAAAGAGAAAGAAGAAGAAAAGGAAGAAAGAAAGAAAGAAGAAAAAAAAAAACAAAAAGAAAUUUUUCAAAGAGGAGGAUCUUCAACGAUGGAUCAUUAUUGUAUUUUCGUCCUGAUCGAAGUGUAAGGUUUCCUGCAGAAGCCCUUAGAGGAGACCGACAGGUCUUCCAAGCCAUAAAGGGGGAUGAUGAUAUGGUUCGAGGCACACAUUUAAACGUUGGAGAAAUUGGUUGCACUCACGGAGGUAUGCGUGGUUGCCAAGGUUACCGGAGGGGCUGGACCAGAUCUUUAUAGAGAGAGAGAGAGAGAGAGAGAGAGAAAGAGAGAAGAGCGUUGGCGCUAUCGAGGAUUUCAAGGAGGGGCGGGCUACGGGGGUGUGUGCUUACUAGGGGAGGUUGCAGUCAGAAAUUUUAUAGAGAUGGAGUUUCUGCAGAAUCAUCACACGGUGAACACCUCCGAGUCGCCGUACACUCUCGGCACAGGAUCAGUGGGUACAAUCGAGGCGACCAUACCAUCUGGACUUUGUACCGGUUCGUUGGGUGUUCUUACGAACGACGAUACCUUGACCGACAAUCAAAAUGAAGAAACGUUAAGUGCAUUGCAAGGUACAUUACGUUUGCAAGAUUUACAAGCCUCAACGGAGGAUAUUACGGGGCCAGAUCAAACUCAACAAAUUCAAACGAAUUCAGGCCAAGGGCAAGUGGUCGGUGGUGAAUUUGGUAGUGGUUUUUGGGUCGACGAUAUGGCAGGUUUUCCACCAUUGGAUUUGGAUCCAUUGCCUGGUUUGUUCAGUCCUUGUUCGGGUACAUACAAUUGGGGAUGUCCAAGGGGCGAUUGCGUACCAAGGACAAACAAUGGUAAUGGCGAGGGCGUCGCUGACGUAUUGUUAUCCUUGAAACAUGCCGUCGUACAUCCUGGAAGUCCUACGGGAGGAUAUUAUUCAACCGGCGGACCAACGACGCAUCACUAUACGCAAGAUUAUACACAAAAUUUAGGACCACCCGUAGGCCCACCACCGACCCAUUAUACAUCGGCACCGGCAAUGUCGGUCAACGUUUCGAUGAAUAUGACGAUGAACAUGAACUUGCAUCCUGGGUACGAGCAAAGUUAUUCGUCGGCAUGGGGUGCAGAACCGUUGUUAAGUCCCGCCCCUCAAUACAAUCCGGUAGAAACACAGACGAGGGUAAAUCAGGCAUCGGCGAAUGGCCUGAUAGGUGGUAGUACUACUGGUCACGCCCACGCUCAUCCCCAUCCGCACACUCACCCCCGUCUCCAAGGACCGAAUGAGCACGCGCUCUGUGUUAAUGGUGGUGGAGGUGGACCAAACGUCGUAACCAACCCGGACGACAAUGGCAGGCCAAAUCUUUGCAGGAUAUGCGGAAAAUCUUAUGCCCGGCCUAGUACUCUUAAAACACAUCUUAGGACUCAUUCUGGCGAGAAACCAUUCAGAUGUCAUGCGUGCUCGAAAGCCUUCAGCCAAGCUGCCAACUUGACCGCCCAUACAAGAACACAUUCAGGAGAGAAACCAUUCCGAUGUCCAGUUUGCGACAGAAGAUUUUCACAAAGUAGUUCGGUGACGACACACAUGAGAACUCAUUCCGGGGAACGUCCUUACAGAUGUCGCCUCUGCAAGAAAGCGUUCUCCGACAGUUCGACGCUGACAAAACACUUACGAAUUCAUUCCGGUGAGAAACCAUAUCAGUGCAAGGUAUGUCUCCUAAGAUUUAGUCAAAGUGGCAAUCUCAACAGGCACAUGAGGGUUCAUACGGCGACCCUAACGUGACACAAUUCAACGAAGACAAUCGAUAGCAAUCAUUCGCUGCCACGUUAUUGUCGAAUACCGGUUAUUCGACAUGGAACUGGAACUAUUACUACUACUACUACUACUACUACCACUACUACUACUAUUACUACUACUACUACUACUACUACUACUACUACUACUACUACUACUAAUGCUGCUGCUGCUGCUGCUGCUGCUGUUGCUGCUGCUGCUGCCGCUGCUGCUGUUACUAUUAAUAAUAAUAAUAACACUAAUACUGCUAAUAACUUGACGACAAAAAUUUAGAAUAAUAAUCUAUAAAUAGAUCGAAAUACAAAACACCGAAGUGUGUGUUGUCUCUGUACAGCCGAUAAAUCUUUCUUCUCUCAUUCCUCCCGACUGCAAACGAGAUUUAAAAAAGAAAAAAAAAAAAAGAAAGAAAAAAAAAAAAGAAAACAGAAAGAAAGGAAAAAUGUUGAAAAAAAAGAAGUACCAUAAAAACCAUCCUAAAUAAAAUUCAAUUCUUUCGGAAUGUGUUUUCCUAAAGGGGUGCGGGGAAAAAAAGAAAAAAAAAAGAAAAAAUAAGAAAAAAAAUCCAACCUAAAGAUCGCAUCGAUCAUCAUCCACGUUCGAGUCUUCGAAUGGAUAAUAUCGUAAAUUGAAAACAUUAAAGAAAUUCAUACGAAUGCAAUCGAAAUAAUAAAAUAAACAAAUAAAUAAAUAAAAAUAAAUAAAAAUAAAUAAAAAUACAAUUAAAAAGAAAAACAUCAAAAUUAAAAAUCAAUAUAUAAAUAAUAUCCUAAUAAAAUACAAUUCUAAUUAAAUAUUUUAAAAACCAAUCUAAAGAUCUAAUCGAUCCGUUCGUUCGUUCGUUCACGUUCGAGCCUUCGGAUAGGGAAAAUCUAAAUCAAGAAAUGAAAUGAAAUGAAAUGAAAUGAAAUGAAAUGAAAUGAAAUGAAAUGAAAUGAAAUGAAAUGUAAUGAAAUGAAAUGAAAUGAAAUGAAAUGAAAAAAAAAGAAAAGAAACGAAAAGAAAGAAGAAAAAAAGAAACGCAAAAGAAUAUCUCCAAGUCUAAGCGUAGAUCAUUUAAAAAUCAUGGCGCGAUCGAGAUGAACGUUUUAUAUUUUUAAAUCCACGAGAUGAAUAAUAAUCGAAGGAUCAACGAUCGAGAUAGAUGAUAUUAUAUCGAUCGAUAAAUCGGCAAGGAGAGAGAGAUCAAUAGAUCGAUCCGAUCGAUCGAUCAAACGCACUUAGCUAUUUAAAUUAGAUCGGGAUCAGGUUGUUGAUGGGAUAUCGUAAUUUAGAUCUCCAACACAUCCACCAUAGCACCGUUGAUUAUUGUACAAAUAUUGUAUUUAUUAUAAUUAAUUAUAAUAUUAAUGUGU